CGUGACGUCAUGCGAGGCGGGCGUUUUCAAAUCGCUGCGCGGCCGGCGGCGGGGAUGGCGGUGCUACGGCCCUUCGAUAAGCUGCCGGAGCUCAACACCGCCACCAUACUGCUGGUGGGCGCGGAGGGCGGCUCGCUGCAGCAGCUGGCCGAGGACAUGCUGCGAGAGAAGAAGGACUUCAACAUCAACAUCCACCUUGCAUCAUCCCUCCCCUUACCUUCAGAGAGGGAUCACCUUCGGCCCAGGAUAGAUCUGAUUGCAUUUGUUAUUGACAUCAAGAGCAAAUACAGCUUGAAGAAUAUUCAAGCUUCACUAGCUUAUGUGGAUGUCAGAUUCUUCCUGGGGAAAGUGUGCUUCCUUGUCACCGGGGUUGGCAGGGUGAAUAACUGCAGCGUAGAGACGAAUGCUAUCUGGAAACUGGGAGAAGACUACUGCAGUCCUGUGAUAUUCUGUGAGCUGGAGCUGGAAGGGAUACGAGUUGCCACCGCUCAGCGACUUCUCCGGAUGUUACAGAUCUGUGCUGGUCGCGUACCAGGAGUUUCUGCCUUGUACUUCAGCUUGCUGAUGAGGAACUCUGCUGGUGAUUAGCCUCUUGAUGAGAAAAUUUAUCCAGAUUCAUCAUUUUUCUUUACUUCCAGGCGUCUGAGCUGCUGCAGUUGGAAUCGCACUGGGAAGCUUUCUUGCCUGAUUUGUUGCAACCACUCAUCCAGAGCUGUUUGUAGUUGCUAGUCUAUCAAAAAAUCUUGAUUCCUAUUGAGUGAAUAAGGUGUAGGUGAAGAGAGGAUAGUUUGAAUUAGGGAUCCCUAUCUGUUAUUACAUUUGAAUGCUGUUGUGUGAUGGAUUUUUGGAUUUCGGCCACUUUGCUAGUGGCCAGGAGCUGCAUGUUCUCCUGAUAUUCUCUCGGUAAAACAGGCCACUAUCCCAGAUGCUGCUUAUCAUGGUUGAGAGUCUUAAUUUCUGUAGGCAGCAGGUGUGGCAGCAGGCUUCUGCUUCCUCUCAACAGAAAUAUAGCACCUUGGACUACUGCAGAACCUCACUGCAGAGUUUGUUUCCCCACUAAGAGAGUAACAAGGAAGAAAGGCAGUCCUGCAGCUUCAAGAUAUACUGCAAUUGGCAGUUAAUGAUCCAGCUGUGUGAGCAUCUGCCCGCUGAAGGCCUCAGCGUUCCUGUGCCUGGUACAUAACUAGGGAGGAAGGGACCAAAGAAGAUAAUCUAGCACUUUAGCUUUCUUUUACAUCUUUAGAGAAAAAGGCGCUAUCUAUCUCUUAAGCCCAAGAUAAUGUGAUUUGAACAGCUGUGGACUGUACUGCUGCAAGUCAGCUCCUGCAAACCAAGGAGAGAUUUUCUGAAGAUGUCAAACUUUCUGUGAGUUGAGAAAUGAGGAGGGCUGUAAUAGAGUGUGGCAGUACCUGGGUUUCAGCCCUUACAGGCAGGCCAUAGUAGGAGAAACUUGCAGCUGCUAGUGGAAAUCAGCCAGAAUUGUUUUAUUUUAUUUUUUUUUCUUCUCCUCUCAUGCUCCCAAAGAAUCAAAUCUAAGAGUAAUGGAAGUUGCUGGCCUCCAGCAAGCCUCUGCAAAUUGGGCAGUUCAGCUUCAAAGAGCUGCAGGACCGCACUCAUCCCUCCAGCAUCUGUAGGGCUGAGGCUCUGUGCUCUGGGGCCAACCAGAGAUGAAAGCCAACUGGACUAUAGCAGCAUACUGGAAACACACAGUAUCUCUUGCAAGUUGGGCAUAUGAUGUGUACAAUUUUUUGACUAAUAGCUUCCUAUCAGCAGUAACUCAUACCUUAUUCUUACUGCUAGUCAAUAGUGUGUUUUGGAUUUUUAUAUUAAUAAAAUAUGUAGUAUUUAUUUA